CUUUAGAAUCCACCUGAGAGAUAAUUUAAACAUUUAUCAACUCAACGGAAUUGAGAUCUUUUUUAGUUACUCAACCUUAUCCAGUUUUAUUUUAUUUUUUCUUUACUCAACAAUGACUUCAUUCUCUUCCUUUUCUGAAAUGUUGGGCUCCGAGUACGAAUCUCCGGUUACAUUAACCGGAGAGUAUUGUCCGACGCUUGCCGCUAGCUGUCCGAAGAAACCAGCCGGUCGGAAGAAGUUUCGGGAGACACGUCACCCAAUUUACAGAGGUGUUCGCCGGAGAAACUCAGGUAAGUGGGUGUGUGAAGUUCGAGAGCCAAACAAGAAAUCUAGGAUUUGGCUCGGAACUUUCUUAACCGCCGAGAUCGCAGCUCGUGCUCACGACGUCGCCGCCUUAGCCCUCCGUGGCAAAUCCGCCUGCCUCAAUUUCGCCGACUCGGCUUGGCGGCUACGUAUCCCGGAGACGACAUGCCCCAAGGAGAUUCAGAAGGCGGCUGCUGAAGCCGCGGUGGCUUUUCAGGCUCAGAUAAACGAUACGACGACGGAUCAUGGCCUGGACAUGGAGGAGACGAUCGUGGAGGCUGUUUUUACGGAGGAGAGCAGCGAAGGGUUUUAUAUGGACGAUGAGUACUCCAUGUUUGGGAUGCCAAACUUGAUGGCUAGUAUGGCGGAAGGGAUGCUUUUGCCGCCACCGUCCGUACAUUUCGGACAUAACUAUGACUUUGACGGAGAUGCUGACGUGUCCCUUUGGAGUUAUUAGUACAAAGAUUUUUUUUAUUUAUUUACCAGUUUUUGUAUAAUACUUUUUAGGGGAAAUUGGAAAAAUAGGCCAGAAUAGAAAUGUUUUUGUCCCUUUAUACCUUCACAAUAAUUAGUCAGUUUUUGACAUAAAUACCCUCAUAAUAAUAGAAACAAUUAUUAAAAAUGAUACAAAGCUCAAAAAAAUAUGAAAAAAUCAUUAUAAUCAUAAGAAUAUUU